AUGGUAGAAUCGGUCUUAUGCUAUGGGAGUGAGCUAUGGGCCCUAAGAGAAGAAGAUAAACGGAGAAUAUUGGCUGUAGAGAUGGAUUACUUACGUAGAAGCGCUAGAGUGUCCAGAUUACAAAGAGUGAGAAACGAGGAAAUCAGAAACAGAACAUCGGCACAAGAAACAGUAAUAAUUCGACGAAUAGAGAAAAGAAGUUUGAGAUGGUUUGGUCAUCUAAUGAGGAUGGAGGACACAAGAUGGCCAAAACGUGUAUUCAAAUGGUCACCCACUGGAGGAAACAAAAGGGGACGCCCGCGUCGGUCCUGGAACGAUGGUAUACGACAGGCGAUGAGAGAUCGGAAUAUCGAAGAAGAUCUCGUGUACGACAGAGAUGGCUGGCGAUUGAGAUUGGGAAGACAACAUUUAGCUGUAUAA